AUGAACUCCACCUUGGAUGGUAAUCAGAGCAGCCACCCUUUUUGUCUCUUGGCAUUUGGCUACCUGGAAACUGUCAGUUUUUGCCUUUUGGAAGUCCUGAUUAUUGUCUUUCUAACUGUAUUAAUUAUUAUUGGCAACAUCGUGGUGAUUUUUGUAUUUCACUGUGCACCUUUGUUGAACCAUCACACCACAAGUUAUUUUAUCCAGACAAUGGCAUAUGCAGACCUCUUAGUUGGAGUAAGCUGCCUGGUUCCUUCUUUAUCACUCCUCCACUACCCUCUUCCAAUAGAGGAAUCCUUGACUUGCCAGAUAUUUGGUUUUGUAGUAUCAGUUCUGAAGAGUGUCUCCAUGGCCUCUCUGGCCUGUAUCAGCAUUGAUAGAUACAUUGCCAUCACUAAGCCUUUAACUUACAAUAGCCUGGUUACACCCUGGAGACUUCGCCUGUGCAUUUUCCUGAUUUGGCUAUACUCUACCCUGGUCUUCCUGCCUUCCUUUUUCCACUGGGGCAAACCUGGAUAUCAUGGAGAUGUGUUUCAGUGGUGUGCAGAGUCCUGGCAUACCGACCCCUACUUCACCUUGUUCAUCGUGAUGAUGUUGUAUGCCCCAGCAGCCUUCAUUGUCUGCUUCACAUAUUUCAACAUCUUCCGCAUCUGCCAACAGCACACAAAGGAGAUCAGCGAAAGGCAAGCCCGCUUCAGCUGCCAGAGUGGGGAGACUGGGGAAGCACAGGCGUGUCCCGAUAAACGUUAUGCCAUGGUCCUGUUUCGUAUCACUAGUGUGUUCUAUAUCCUCUGGUUGCCAUAUAUCAUCUACUUCUUGUUGGAGAGUUCCACUGACCACAGCAACCGCUUUGCGUCCUUCUUAACCACCUGGCUUGCAAUUAGUAACAGUUUCUGCAACUGUGUCAUUUAUAGUCUCUCCAAUAGUGUCUUCCAAAGGGGACUAAAGGGCCUCUCAGGAGCCAUGUGUACGUCUUGUGUGAGUCAGACUACGGCCAAGGACCCUUAUACAAUUGGAAACAAAGGUCCCCUUAACGGAUGA